UGUUACCAACGGACCUUUUUUGUAUUCAUGCCCGUGAAGUCGUCCUCCAAGAUUUUAGUCACCAUUAAAUGUCUUUAACUGGUUUAUUUAGUAAAAAACGAUCCGCAGUUAAUUGUUUUUAUCAGUUAAAGGUUAUUUGUGAGUUGGACGAUGACUUCCAGGGGGACGCCGAGUCGCUUCUUGAAAAGUGUUCUUCAAAACGGAGUCGGCCGAUACGUUUGUCAGCUGAAACGAGUCUCCAUCAUCUUCUCCAGGAAGAGAGCGAGCUCACUGGGAGCCAGGGAUUUUAUCGAGGAGGGGGUCAUGGAUUAUGCGAAGAAGAACCCCGGGACCGUUGUGUACGUGUCUGCUCAGCAAUGCCUCUCACCCAAAAUAGUUGCAGAAUACCUGAAUGGUAACACCAGGGAGGAACCCAUCAUCAACAAAACGUCGCAGGAGAUCUUGGAAGUUCUGACCAAGCUGGCCAAUCAGUCCGGUUUGGACGUCAUCCGCAUCCGGAAGCCCUUCCACACCGACAGUAACAGCAUCCAGGGCCAGUGGAACCCGUUCACAAACCGACCCCCAUCGAUCGGCCUCAUCCAACCACGGAGUCCGUCUCAGAAUUAGGACUGACCAUCGUUAAAGCAUUUUGGACGUUUCCAGAAAAUAAUGACUUAUUUGACUUUUUGACCUCUUUUAUUUCCAGAUCACGUUCACAAUCUAAAUCCAAAUAAAAAGUUUGAUGCUUU